CCACAAAGAUCCAGGGGAAAGGAAAGGGAGAAAUCAAAGAAGAUGCUAGAGAAGCUUUGGGAUGAUGUGGUGGCCGGACCUCAGCCAGAGCAUGGCCUUGAAAAGCUUAGAAGAAUCUCAACCACCAGAGAUGGCGAAGGAGGGAAUAAGUUCCUGAGGUCACUGUCGAUGCCGGCGAGUCCAAGCACACCGGUGACACCAGUGACACCCACGACGCCGCUGUCAGCUCGUAAGGAAAACGUGUGGAGGAGCGUGUUCCAUCCCGGCAGCAACCUUGCUACCAAGACCAUCGGAGCGGAGGUUUUUGACAAGCCUGCCCAGCCCAACUCCCCCACUGUUUAUGACUGGCUCUACAGUGGGGAAACCAGGAGCGUGCACCGCUGAGAUGGCAAGCUAAUCGUCGGCAACGUUGAUUGUAAAUAGCAGCAGUAUUAUGUUUUUGUUUUCCCUCUCCAUCGUCCGCCACGUGUCCUAUAUGCGAUUACGUGUCAUCAUCCUAACUAGAUGUGAGAGAGCCAGUAUGAUCUGUUUUGUAAUUAUUAAGUAGUUCUAAAGUUGAGUUUUGUGUAAUGCUGCCGCGGCGUUUGAUUGUCUCCGGCAGUCGGGGAUCCGCCGCGACGGUGGUGAUGGUAACUAUUUUUCAUUGUGGAAUGAAUAAUAUAAAGUUCUAUUUUAUUAUCUAGUGUUGUUUAAUGCGAUCUAAUGCUUUUCACUGUGGAAUGAAUAAUAUAAAGUUCUAUUUUAU